AUGCCUGAUUGUGAACCAAAAGAAUUUUUAUUGGUAAAUCCAUCGGGUCCACCACGAAAAGCGAUUUUAUUGGUCGAAUCAGAUGAGCAAAAAUCUUCCGCAAAACCGCAGCAAAAUAAUGAUCCGAAAAAUCAAGACAAAAAUACACCCAAACAAGCUUCAGAAAAUCGUCAAAAUGUGCAAGCCCAAGAUCAAAAACAUCGCGAUGAAGAUAUAAAGACACAAAAUUCUGACCAGCGUCAAGAUAAGAAAGCUCAAGCAGCUAAUAAUGACCAAAAACACGACGAACAUGCACAAAAACAAACUUCAGUUCAGCGUCAAGAGGUGCAAGCCAAAGUAACCAAUAACGAUCAAAGACAUCACGACGAACAUGCACAAAGACAAGCUUCGGUUCAGCAUCAAAAGGUGCAAACUCAAGUAUCUAACAAUGAUCAAAAACAUCGCAAUGAUCAUUCAACAAACAUAUCGGACCAGCAACAAGAGAUGCAAGCAGCGCAACAACAAUCCAGUGUUCCGGGACCACCAAACCAACAAUUUCCUAUACAAAUUCCAGCAAACAUGACUUCAAUGCAAUUUGGUCAACAGUUUGGCGUUCCAAACGCUAAUCAAGCGAUAGACGCCAAUACUUUUGCAGCUUUGCAAGCGCAAGCUGUAGCACAAUCAACACAACAACCGUCACAAUUUCCUUCAAAUUUCAUUGGGCAACCACCAGUUGUACCCAAUAUUUCAGCGCAAAUGCCUAUGACUACUGCGAAUCCAAUAGCCACUUUAUCUAAUGACGUUCUGCAAGCUAACAUGGUUACAGCUGGCUCUACUGAUGGAUAUUCAGAACCAAGGGGCAUUGAACUAAAAGAAUAUGGACCGUCUACAAUGGAUAUGGAUUAA